AUGUCCCCGAAUGCGCCUCCGGUCCUUGACUUUUCCGUCUUCUACGGCAACGACACGGCCGCCAAAGCGAAACUGAUCGAUCAGCUUCGCGAAUGCUGCCACUACAACGGUUUCUUCCAGAUCACGGGCCACCGCGUGCCGCGCGAGCUCCAGCAGCGCGUCAUGGGCUGCGCGCGGCGGUUUUUUGAUCUGCCCCUCGAGGAGAAGUUGCUGAUCGAUAAGAAUCGCAACUCCUUUAACCGCGGCUACGAAUUGCUCCGGUCGCAGAUGCUCGAAGUGGGUACCGGACCCGAGCUCAAAGAAGGUCUCUACAUCGGCGAGGAGAUUCCCGAAGACCACCCAUAUUUCCUACAGAAGAAGCUCAACAGUGGGCCCAACCAGUGGCCACCCACGGUGCCAGACAAGGACGAGUUCGAGCAAACCUCGAUGGAAUACUACCAUGCCGUGUUCGACCUCGCCAAAAACGUCCUGGGUGCUCUUGCCCUGACGCUGAAUGUCUCGGAAUCCUACUUCGAUCCACUGACGGACGGCGCAGUCGCCACGAUGCGCUACUUGCACUACCCGGCGCAGCCGAAGGACGCGGAAGAGAAGCUCAAUCGGGGAAUCGGGGCGCACACUGACUUUGGCUGCAUCACCUUGCUGUUGCAGGACGAGGUUGACGGCCUGCAGGUUCUGGAUGCACCGACUGGCGAAUGGCUUGAUGUCGAGCCUGUGCCCGGCGCCUACGUCGUCAACCUGGGCAACCUGUUCAUGCGCAUGGCUAAUGACCGCUACAAGUCCAACAUCCACCGUGUGAUCAACAAGUCCGGCCAGGAGCGAUACUCGAUCCCGUUCUUCUUCAGCGGUAAUCCGGACUAUCUCUGCGAGUGUCUGCCCCACUGUCGGCAGCCAGGCGAGGGGCCCAAGUACCCCCCGAUCACGGUUGAGCAGAUGGUGACGGCGUCGUACAAGGAGAGCUACGGGCGGGCGGAGAAAUACAAGCAGGAGAUAAAGGCGAAGAUGGAAGUGGUGGCGACGCGGUACACAUUGAUCACACUGGGCGGACCGUCGCUGGCCUUCACCCUCAUCCGCUCCUUCGUCUUCACUCUUUCCGAAACCCCUCGCUACAGCCUCUCCAAAGGCCGCGAUCAAGCCGCCGUCGACGCGGUCAAACACGUCGCCCGCCAGAAUGGCAAACCCGAGCCCUUGACGCUGAGUAUGUUCCAGGACAUCGACAAUGGACUGGAUAUCCCCUCGACCACUCUAUCCGCGCUCUUGACCACCGAGAUCCUCCGCGGGAACAUGGAGGACUUCACAGGCUCACACUACCGGGCCCUGGUCGGGACCCGGUCUCUAACCCGAAACACAUUCCUUAUCUGGGGGUUCUGGCUGACAAUCGGAAUCGCAUACCCCCUCUACUUCAAUUCCCUGCCCUCCUACCUCGCGACCAAAUUCUCCUCGUCCGGCUCGCUAGACACGACCUACCGGAACUACUGCAUCGAGUCCGCAGUGGGCGUUAGCGGGCCGCUGAGCGCUGCAUACUUGGUGACGACGUUCUUCGGAAGGAGGUGGAUGAUGGGCCUGUCGGCGAUCGUGACGGGGGUGUUUCUAUUUGCGUACGCGGGAGUAUCGGAUGCGGCGGCCUUGUUGGCGUUUGCGCGCGUGACGAGGAUGUUGGGGGAUUUUGAUACCUUGUCGAAGUGA